AGUGCACAAAUAUCCUGCUGACGUUACCUAAAACGCACCUUUCGGACCCGCUGCUGCAGUUACACAAAGUUGCGGCUGACACGCGAACAGACAACUCGGCUUGUGAUCGGCUGUGAUGACGUGCGAAAAAAACACCGAACGUCGCCGCUCUCGUCGUAGUUCGUGGUUGCAGUGGUGUAAGCGACACUUGCAGUGGCGGCGCAACUGUGCAGUCACUACCGACCUCGUUCAAAGCGAACACGAAUACUAGAGUAGGUAAGGGCACUCAAACACGUAGCGGAUCCAGAAAGUAGGCUUUUCCGCAGGCAUAUUCCGUUGCCAACGGCGCAGGCGGCUCUGCGGUCGCGUCGUCUGCUCCGCUGGGUCCGCGCACACCUGUUGCGAAUCGGCUGCUGCUGCAACGGCGGCGCUGCCGGCGCCGCCCUUCUGCGUCGUUCGGCUUCGCUGCUGUCGUCUGCUUUCGUUGUCGUCUGCUGCUGCUGCUUCUGCUGCUGCAGCAGGAGUGGAGGGGAGAGGCGACGCGAGCGCGCCGGUGCUUCUUCCCCCUCACAACGGUCGACUUGGACGUGCCCGCAGCAGUGAAGCGUUUUUUUUUUUUUUUUUUUGCCCCGGCAAGCCGGCUUCGCCGCUGGCGCUGCGUGUGUGGCUGAGAGAUCGGCGCGGCGCUCUCGGCGCUGAAGAGCGAGCACGAGGGAAGCGCAAGCAAGGAGCAGCCGGGCUUUUGGCGCAACGCCGCCGCCGCUGCAACCGCCGCGAGCGCAGCAGACGACGCCAGGCGCCGCUCGCCGCCCGUUACAACGCGCCCCGCGCACUCAGAGAUCCCGCGUGUGCCGCCCUGGAUUGGCAGAAGCGUCGUCGCAGCGACAGCAGUAGCCGAGCAGCGCGCCGCAGACGACGCAGCAAGAUGGGAAUAGUAUCUGGAAUGACGACGACGAGCCCGUGACUCUUGUGGGGAGUGCAUUUUUUUUUUAUUUGCCUCGCCGACUGCCGUGUCAGGAUGAAGUCCAAGAGAGGUCGAGACCGGCUGAAGCUGCAGCUGUGCUCGGGGGAUGAGUCCCUGCCGUACCCGCGAGGGACGCUGGGAGAGCUGUCCCCGCGCAAGCGCCGUGGCAACCUUCCCAAGGAGUCGGUCAAGAUACUUCGCAUGUGGCUCUACGAGCACCGGUACAACGCAUACCCUUCCGACCAGGAGAAGCUGCACCUGUCGCGGGAGGCGAACCUGUCGGUGCUGCAGGUGUGCAACUGGUUCAUCAACGCCCGCCGGCGCAUCCUGCCGGACAUGAUCCGCAAGGAGGGCCACGAUCCGCAUCAGUACACCAUCACCCGGAAGUCGUCAUCGUCUUCCUCGUCCUCUUCUUCCGGCAGGUCGCCGCCGAGUCAGGCGUCACUGCCGCCGCCGUCUCUGCCGCCCCUGGUGCACCACCACAGCGGCGGCAGCCACCACCAGCAGGCCCCGCACUUGGCGCCCGCGCACCGGCACCACGGGGUGCCACCUUUCGGCACGUCGGCCGCGCCCUCGUCGGCACCGCUCAAGGCCGUCAAGGACGAGGACCUCAACAGCGACGACUCCGAGGGGGCCGCCAGUCUCGGCUCGCCGCGAUCGCCGCUCAAGCUGACCAAGCGCUGGCAGCGGAGCCACGAGCGGGACCUCAAGGAAGACCCGUCGCCUUCGUCCUGGGAUGAGGACGACGACGACGAAGACGACGACGACGAUGAGAACGACGGCGAGGACGACGACGAAGGUGACGACGGGGAGGGCGACGACGAGGACGAGGACGACGAGGAAGAGGAGGGCUCGCCCUGGUUUCGCGAAGACGUCAAGGGCCGCGUCGUCGAGAGGUCCCCGGCCGACGACGGCGACCCCUUCAGCUGCCUCUACCUGCUAGUGGACGUUGCGCUGAGCGAACUAGAGAAGCGAGCAGCGUCCAGCUGAUAGCGGACCACGGCCGCCCCGUCCCCUCUCUCCUAGGCGCGGGACCCAGGGGCGGACGUCGUACAGCCGUCGCCGGAAGUUUAGGGGCCAGGGCACGGCCGAGGCGCCGCCUCGGACGAACAGCGAUGACGCGCGCCGUACUCCGACGCCAUAUGGCUCCGCAGCCGAGCGUGAGUGGCAGAGACACACGAGACCCCCUACAGUUAAGAGGGAGCGCUAACGUUCUGUGGUCCUGGCGGUCGCCGAAGUCGCCGUGCCGGGAAGCCUGGGGCAUCCAGCGGCGUCCGUUCGCGGCCGUGCCUUGACUCCUAGGCUUUCGACCCCUGAGACGGGCGUGCCCGUGCGUGGUGUGUGCGUGUGUGUGCCUUGUGUUUUCCACGCUCCAUCCUCGCUUUCUUCCCGUGCCACUCAUCCGACUCUUUGUUUCGCCGUCUUCAUUUCGUCCGGGGCACCUCUCGCGCGUCAAACAUUAGCGCCCCCUCACCUCCUCGUGCCACCUGCAUCGCUACCACGACCACCACAAGCACCGCCACCACUACUACUACACCGCCACCCCUCGGCACCGUGCACACCGGCCUCGUCCCGAGCAGCGCACCCCACACCGGCAUUUUCUCUCUCACUGGACAAAGACACUUAACUUAUUCGGAGCGAGAUGGGGCCGAGCCGAUAUUCUCGAGAUGUGCUCGAACGGUGUAGCUGGCUCCCACUGUACCUCGGACGCUUCGCGUAGCAAUCGAGUUGUGCGCGCGGCUCGAUCAUUGUCGCGGCAGGGAGCUCCCACUCGGUCGCUGCCUGACCAGCGACGAUGGGGAAACGUUCCCAACGCUGGGACACUCGACCAGCGUCGAGAGACACGUGACCGGCUUUCAUUCUCAGUGAGCAUUUGUUACUUCGAGUGUUUUUUCUUCUUCUUUUAUAUUUCGGUUUGUGGAAAAGUGUCUGCAUGUGCCGCUUUCGCCGCGGGAAGCCGGUCUCGCCAGCCAAGAGUCAGUGGGGGGGACCCCCCCCCUUCGGCAAGUCGAUGUCGAUGCCUGUUUCUGGGGUGGUAUUCUGGAUGCUGUUAGAACCCCGCCAAAUUGCAGAAGUUCACCAUCUUGCCAGUUCUGACUGGCUGGUCGAAAAAGCGCCAUUGCAGAAUUUGGACAAUUUGGCGGAGUUUGGCAGUUGGCACCUCCUGGUUACGGGGCAACAAUUUUCUGGAGAAGCCUCUGGUCGGGCCCAGUGCUAGCGGUCGACGAGACAAUGUCUCGUGAUGCCUGCCCGUGCGGCGCGCCCUUGACGCGAGCGUUCUGAAAUGUCGUGACGAGCGAUUGUCCAUGGUCGCCUCUUUAGUAGCUGUCGGACGACGCCAUCGUAAGCCUGCCUGCAAACGGCGUUCGGGUCGCCUUUAUAUGUGACCGAUUGGAGUUUCUCCUCCUGAAGUUUGUUGCUCCGUAACGCAGGCGAAAAAAAAAGAACGAAAGAAAAAAAAUCAGGGACACUGCCUUAGAGGUGGUGUACGCCCGCAGUCACACUCGUCUUCGUGCCCGCCGGUAAGCAGGCGAUGUCAUUGCAAUCCGUGAACCGAGCGAGUCCUCCAACUGAAGCACCGUUUGGGGCGCGGCGUCAUGUCUGAAGCGGGGAUCACGUGCAAAUGUGAUGCGCAAAGACCGUUGAUUCGAAGCCUUUUCUUUCCGGCCUCUUCGAUUGGCUUUGAAAGCGUCGGAGAAGAGUUUCACUUCACUUCAGCAUAAGCUCGCUCAUUUUAGGCCUAGCUCGCGUGCGUUACCGCUAGGAUUUCAGGUGGUCUGUGCACGACACCAUUCCGUGUACUUGAGCAGGAUUGAAAUUCGUUGGCAGCAGCACCGACAGGGGGCGUCGGAAGUCACGUCAGGAAAGUCGAAACGCUCGGACUCGUACAGUGGCCGCGUCCAAGUGUGCAUGUUCGCGGUUCACACUUGCGAUGACAGCGCCUCGGUAAGGCUGGUUUCGCACUACGUGGUUGCAACCGUUUUUACAACGCGGGACGACGUCAUCGCCCGAGUUGACCGAUCGGAAGUGUCGGAUUUCUUACGCGAUCCGACAUGCGCGUCAGUUACGACAUAUGUCUUGAACGCUCAUGCACGCACGCGACGACUGUGGCCGAGGCCUUGUGACGUCACAGCAAAUGUUCCCACAGUGAAAGGUAGCGCUUCGGUCGCUACGCGUUGCCUUUCUGUGGCGAAGGGAGAAGAAAAAAAAAAUGGAAGUUGGGUAUGAGACGGUUUCAGAUGUAGCACAUUGUUCUCAGACUGUUCCUGUCUUGUUUGACCGGUGUUUUGCAUCUUAAAAGCACACGAGCACCGUCGGUAAUGUUUCUCUGCCCCCCCUGUAGGAGAGCAAGUGUGUCACGUAGCGUUUCGCAUGAAGCUUGGCGCACACGUCAUAACAUAUACACAUAUAUGAAAAAGAAUGCGUGGAUCGGCAUUCUGCUGUUUCCUCGCUCCUAGUCGCCGCAUUAUCGAGGGAGGAAAAAAAAAAAAAGCUAAACAAAAUGGUCCGUCCGUGAGUCAGUCCGUCCGUGCGUUCGUUUCGUCGAGUUUUUAUUUUAUUCUUUUUGGUCGCCGCGCGUCUGGUAAAUCUUAAAAAAGUUGUUUGUACAUUACAUAGUUUAACAGAGUUUACCCACAGCAUCACAUAUAUAUAUAUAUAUA